AGGAGUGUGGGUCUGGUCUGUGUGCUCAGCAAUGGCUUCUGCUUGGUGGCCCUGCCUGGUCUUGGCUCUGCUGUCUGGUUUGGGGGCCUCUGGCUUUCCGAGAAGCCCCUUCCGGCUGCUGGGGAAACGGAGCCUCCCGGAAGGGGUGGUCGAUGGCAUCGAGGUCUACAGUACCAAAAUUAGCAGCAAGGUGACUUCUCGCUUUGCUCACAAUGUCGUCACCACAAGAGCUGUCAACCGUGCAGAUGUGGCCAAGGAGGUUUCCUUUGAUGUGGAGCUACCCAAGACAGCCUUCAUCACCAACUUCACCCUGACUAUCGAUGGCAUUACCUACCCUGGGAACGUCAAGGAGAAGGAAGCUGCCAAGAAGCAAUAUGAAAAGGCUGUGUCUCAGGGCAAGACAGCUGGCUUAGUCAAGGCCUCUGGGAGGAAGCUAGAGAAGUUCACCGUCUCAGUCAAUGUGGCUGCAGGCAGCAAGGUCACCUUUGAGCUAACCUACGAGGAGCUGCUGAAGAGGCACAAGGGCAAGUACGAGAUGUACCUCAAGGUCCAGCCCAAGCAACUGGUCAAACACUUUGAGAUCGAGGUAGACAUCUUCGAACCCCAGGGCAUCAGCAUGUUGGACGCUGAGGCCUCUUUCAUCACCAAUGACAUCUUGGGCAGCGCCCUCACCAAGUCCUUUUCAGGGAAAAAGGGUCACGUGUCCUUUAAGCCCACCAUGGACCAGCAGCGUUCAUGCUCAAACUGUACAGACUCCCUCCUCAAUGGAGAUUUCACCAUCACCUAUGACGUGAACAGAGAGUCUCCAGCCAAUGUACAGAUAGUCAACGGCUACUUUGUGCACUUCUUUGCACCUCAAGGCCUUCCAGUGGUGCCCAAGAACGUGGUCUUUGUGAUUGAUAUCAGUGGCUCCAUGGAAGGCCGGAAAUUAAAGCAGACGAAAGAUGCCCUUCUCAAAAUCCUGGAUGAUAUGAAAGAAGAGGACUACCUGAAUUUCAUCCUGUUCAGUGGACAUGUGGACACCUGGAAAGAGAGCUUAGUCCAAGCCACUGCUGAGAACCUCCAGGAGGCCAGGGCAUUUGUGAGGAAUAUGAGAAGCACAGGCUUGACCAACAUCAACGACGGUCUGCUGACGGGCAUCAGUAUGUUGAACCAGGCUCGGGAGGCGCAUGUAGUCCCAGAGAGGAGCACGUCCAUUGUCAUCAUGCUGACCGACGGGGACGCCAAUGUUGGUGUGUCAAGACCUGAAAAAAUCCAAGAGAAUGUGAGGAAUGCCAUCGGGGGCAAGUUCCCCUUGUAUAACCUUGGCUUUGGCAACAAUCUGAAUUAUAAUUUCCUGGAGGCUAUGGCCCUGGAGAACCACGGGGUUGCCCGGCGCAUUUAUGAGGAUUCUGAUGCCGACUUGCAGUUGCAGGGCUUCUAUGAGGAAGUAGCCAACCCACUGCUGACGGGCGUGGAGGUGGAGUACCCAGAGAAUGCCAUCCUAGACCUCACCCAGAACAGUUACCACCACUUCUAUGAUGGCUCUGAGAUUGUGGUGGCAGGGCGCCUAGUGGACGAGCACAUGAACAGCUUUAAGGCUGAUGUGAAAGGCCAUGGGGCCAUCAAUGACCUGACCUUCACAGAGGAUGUGGACAUGAAGGAGAUGGAAAAGGCCCUGCAGGAGCAGGACUACAUUUUUGGGAACUACAUUGAGCGGCUCUGGGCCUACCUCACCAUUGAGCAGCUGCUGGAGAAGCGCAAGAAUGCCCAUGGCGAGCAGAAGGAGAAUCUCACAGCCCAAGCCCUGGACCUGUCCCUCAAGUACCACUUUGUAACUCCACUGACCUCCAUGGUGGUGACCAAGCCUGAGGACAAUGAAGAUAUGGAUGCCAUUGCUGACAAGCUUGGGGAAGAAGCACCUGUGGAUAAACAAGAUACAUCUGUGACCCCCUCCUGGCCCUACUCAACCAGUUACCUGUCUUCUCCAAACCCCUACUACUAUGUGGAUGGGGAUCCUCACUUCAUCAUACAAGUUCCCGAGAAAGAUGAUGCCCUCUGCUUCAACAUUGAUGAAGACCCAGGCACGGUGCUGCGUCUCAUUCAGGACCCAGCCACAGGUCUCACAGUUAAUGGGCAGAUCAUUGGUGACAAGAGAGGCAGCCCUGACUCCAAGACCAGAAAGACUUACUUUGGAAAACUGGGCAUUGCCAGUGCUCAUAUGGACCUCCAGAUUGAGGUGACGACAGAGAAGAUCACCUUGUGGAAUGGAGCAGUAUCAAGCACUUUCAGCUGGUUGGACACCGUCACCAUCACACAGGAUGGGCUGUCUGUGACCAUCAACAGGAAGAAGAACAUGGUGGUCUCCUUUGGAGAUGGGGUUACCUUUGUGGUUGUCCUGCACCAGGUGUGGAAGAAACAUCCCAUCCACCAGGACUUUCUAGGCUUCUAUGUCGUGGACAGUCACCGCAUGUCAGCACAGACACAUGGCCUUCUAGGGCAAUUCUUCCACCCUUUUGACUUUAAAGUGUCUGACAUCCACCCAGGCUCUGACCCUACAAAGCCAGAGGCAACCAUGGUGGUGAAGAACCAUCUGCUGACUGUCACCAGGGGCUACCAGAAAGACUACAGAAAGGAUAUCAGUGUCGGCAUGAAGGUCGCCUGCUGGUUUGUCCACAACAAUGGGGAAGGGCUGAUUGAUGGUGUCCACACUGACUACAUUGUGCCCAACCUGUUUUAAAUAGACACACCAGCUCUUGUGGAAAAUGCCUUUCCUGCAUCUGGAAUAGGGGUGCAUAAUGGGCCCUGUGGGAGGGGCCGGGACAAUAAAGCUCAGAGUUGAAACCAGAAA